AUGCCCUUAACACUGCCACCUCCUCUGCAUGAACCAGAAAUCCCUUUGGCAGCUACUAAUCAACCCUUGCCCACCGAACCCUUGCUUCUGCCCCCGGCUCACUAUUGCCCCAAGUGCAAUGCAAAGAAAUUUGCUUAUGAGUCACCUGCUUUCUGUUGUGGGAAUGGAGAAGUUGAGAUAGCUACCAAUGACUACCCUCCUGAACUUGUAAGGCUCUUCACUUCACAAGAUGAAGAUGCCUUACAUUUCAGGAAAUACGCAAGACUUUAUAAUAACAUGUUUGCGUUUAGUUCCCUUGGAGGGGCAGUUGAUGCAAAGACUGAAAAGGGAAUCUAUGUAUUUAAGUUACAUGGGCAAAUUUACCAUUACAUUCCUGAUUUACUUCCUAGCAAUGAGACCCUUAAGUACCUACAACUUUAUUUUUAUGAUGGCCAACAUGAAAUUUCAAAUCGAUUAGGCUGUUUUCCAGAAUUAAGAGAGGACGUAAUUAAUAUCCUCAUGGAUGUUACAAAAACAAAUCCUUAUGCUAGGUUUUUUCGGUGUUUGAAAGAAAUGAAUAUUGAUGAAAAUACCCAGAUUAUACUUAAUAAGAAUACAGUGCCUGACCAACGAGUUUAUAAUUCUCCAACCUCUGAUGAAGUUGCUGUUAUUUGGCCUGAAGCCACAUCCUCCAGUGAAUCUAGCAACCCUCAUAUCCUUGUGUCUGGGAAGUCUAAUAAGUCACAUAUGAUCAUGCACUAUUAUGGCUGCUAUGACCCACUCCAGUAUCCACUUUUGUUUCCCCGUGGCGACUGUGGUUGGAACCAGGGCCUGAAAAAAAUGUCUACCGGUGGUAGGAGACAGAUACGAGUACAGCAGGAUCCCGUCCAAUCUUGUGCUGUGCACACUGCUGAAGAUCUUUUGUCUAAGGAGGCCAUACGUGCAACAACGGGGCGCACUAAUACAGACAAGCAUAUCUCUGCGAGGCAGUAUUAUGCGUAUAAGCUCCAAAGACGCCCCAACAAUCUGCUUCUUAGAGCUGGCCGUUGUCUCCAGCAAUACAUUGUUGACAUGUAUGUCAAGGUUGAGAAUACGCGCCUUGACUUCUUCCGUAACAACCAGGACACUAUAAGGGCAGACUUGUAUCAAGGGAUUCUGGACACUGUGGAAAGGGGGGAAAAUAGUGCAGCUAAUGUAGGGCAUCGUGUAGUACUGCCCCCGACUUUCAUUGGAGGCCCUCGGGACCUUAAGAAAAGGUACUUAAACGCAAUGGCGCUUGUGCAGCGAUAUGGGAAGCCUGAUCUUUUUGUGACAAUGACAUGUAACCUAAACUGGCAAGAGAUCAAACAAGAGCUCGCUGUCGGGGAAGAAGCUCAGAACAUGCCUGAUCUGGUGUCAAGGAUUUUCCGAGCAAAAUUGUUGGCCCUCAAAAAAUUGAUAAUGCAGAAACAUGUAUUUGGUGAAGUUGCUGUCAUGAUUUACGUCGUUGAGUUCCAAAAGCGAGGUUUGCCUCAUGCGCAUUUUCUCAUCAUCCUCACUCCUGCUUCCAAGAUCAAGACUCCUGCCGAUUAUGACAAAUUUGUUUCUGCUGAAAUACCCUCCGUGGAAUCUCCUCGCCUACGGAAGAUCGUUCUCAAGCAUAUGAUGCAUGGGCCUUGUGGAAAGUUAAACCCUAACUGCCCGUGCAUGAAACGCACAGGGAAUAAGGAACACUGUAAAAGUGGAUACCCAAAGCAAUUUUGUGAUGAGACAACCACCAAUGCUGAUGGUUUCCCGGUGUAUAAGCGAUCAUCAACUGGUGAAACAGUUCCCAUUCGCAGAGCUAAUCUAGAUAAUAGGUGGGUUAUUCCGUACAACCCGUACCUCUCAUCUUUGUUUGAUUGUCAUCUUAACGUCGAGGUUUGUUCAAGCAUACAAGCAGUCAAGUACUUAUAUAAGUACGUUUACAAGGGCCAUGAUAGAAUCUCAUUCAACGUUGUGCGGGACGGUGAACGCGGAGCUGUCGAUGAAAUAGAAUAG